AUGCAAUUUCUUUUCGCGUUCAUUCUACAUGUCUUUCAUUUUGCCUACUCCCUGGUCCUCAAAAUCCGCUCUUUCUGGAACCAAUGUUCUCCAACCCAACCGCAGCUGUUGACCGCUCAUCGCCACCGUAUCCCGAAACAUCUAGCCAUUGUAUUUGUGACCGAUGAAACUGUAUCUGCGCCAACGGCCCAGGGUAUCUUGACCGAAAGUGUUUUGAACACUGUGAAGUGGUGUCGCACUAUUGGCAUCAAGAAACUUACAGUGUACGAAGAAACAGAUAUACUUUCCCAAUGCACGCGGAACAUCCGUGACUGUCUUCCCGUGAAGAGUUCAGGAAAUGACUCGAGCGAAUCGGAAACUGAGUUUCCUUUGACGCCGCCCCCUUCGGAUUACUCGGAAUCCCGCCCUUUAUCUCCAGACCACAAUCAAGCCAGCGUAGUACCUGUAACAAUGCUACAUGUCGGUAGUCCCCCUCCUCCGGCAAAAGAAGGGCAUAAACGUCGCAAGUCGGUUGGAAGGAAUGCAGCGGAAAUUGACGGUCCAAAAAAUGAUCUCAUCCUUUGCCUAGCAUCACGCGAAGCCUCAAAACCAGCAAUUGCAGCUGCAGCUCGGGUAUUGGCUCAGACCCGAAAUCGGCCUCUUCGUAAAGCUGGUCGCUCACAUAAAGGCCAACCAUUCAUACUUUCUGUGGACCAACUUGACGAUUUAUUGGAAGACGAAGAUACCCUCUCAUCGCCGGAUUUCAUGAUCAUUCAUCACAUAGCAUCUUCGAACCUACUUCCAACACCACCAGAACUCCAUGGGUUUCCUCCGUGGCAUAUUCGGCUGACCGAAAUCUAUCACAAUCUACCCCACCUUGACAGGCCAAGAGCGGGGUGGAAUUGGCGCUCGUCCUAUGACCCUUUGGUUCUAGAUGAGAAUGUCUUUAGAAAGGCACUAGAUGAAUUUGCGAGCGCGGAGAUGCGGUUUGGAAAAUAG